GGCUGCAGGCUACAAAGCCUGACGUGUUGGCAGCUUCAUCUGCCUUUGCCUUCACUCAUCCGCCUCUGAUACCUAGAGACUAGCUGUGAAAAUUAACCUCAUUUGUUGCUAUCAACUCGCUAAUCCCCGCUGCAAUGCGCUUUAUGCUACCAUCGCUUGUUCUGGUUGUUGGACUAGGCCAAGUCGGCGUGGGAACCUGGGUGAUUAAUUUCUACGAAAAGGGUUGCCCCCAGGAUGGCGACUCAACCGAUCCCAAUCUUGUCAAGGUUGGGUCCACAUCCGGACAGGCAGACCAACAGAUAUGGUGUUACAGAGUCGACUCGGCUCACACGGCGGUCUUGACCGGCAUCGAAGCCGACAACAUGAAGGUUGAGCUCUUUGCUGACUGGCAAUGCCUCAACCUCAUGGAGUCGUGGACAACUGAUGGGUGCAUUGCAGUCUAUUCGGAAGAACAUACUGUCAUCGCAGCGGCCAGGAUCAUGCCCAACUGAGCCCGGAGGGGGUUCUCCUGUUUGACUAUCAUCCGUGUCUAUUGGCGGGUAUUCUAACUUGAUGGAAACUUGGCUUGCUACUUGCUUGCCCUUGAGCUGGAAGCUGAGAGGUC